GCUUCUCCGGCACAAGCUUGGGCUUUGGGAGCAGUGGAGCACCAAACCCGUCCAAUUUGUAUCGGACGGUCCUACGUGGCUGUCAGGGAAAAGAUUUAGGGAUUAGGGUGGAGUCAGUGGAGAACAAAACGAAACCCAAAUAUCUGGACGCAAACACUGGGCCGCGUUGCUUCUCCGUCCCACUGAACCAUCGCCGCCGGCUAGCCGCAGGAGAAGUUCCCGCCGCGCCGACGCCGAAACCGCCGUCGCGUGUUUUGAAGCUCUCGAAAAAAGGGCGCGCAGCAUGAGAGCGGCCGUGAACUCGCCACCUCCGCACUGCUACUCGCGCCGCCGCGCCAGCGCCACGCUGCUGGAUGCGCGCCAUGUGUUCGACCACGUGCCGCAGCAGCGCCUACCGAACCUGGCCGCGGGACUCCGCGCGCGGCCUGUCGCCGCGGCCGCCUGGAGGCCCGCGCGGCGCUCGGCCGCAUCUGCGGCUGCCCGCACCUGUGGCACCGUUUCAGCUCCUCGUUUGUUUAGGACAUUCCUGCAAAUCCCAACAUCCUCUUCUUCAGCUUAUCGCGCACUAGUAGCUUCGUCUGCAUUCUUGCCAUCAAGACGGAGCUUUGAAGGCUACAUUCCUCGUAGCUGCUCCAGCUCAUCGCUCCAGAUCUACAGCCGGUCACCGCUGUUAAAUCUAUCGCCGUCUUCAGCUCUCAUGGUAUCCUCCCAGCUCACGGGCUCCUCCGACGUAGCCCAACGUUCAGAGGAAUGGUUUGCUCUUCGCAAGGACAAGCUCACCACAAGCACCUUCAGUACUGCUUUGGGUUUCUGGGCUGGCAACAGAAGACCAGAGCUGUGGAACGAGAAAGUCUUCGGAGCGACAGAGAUCAAGCUAGCAGAUGCCGCUAGAUCUGCCAUGGACUGGGGGACGCAUCACGAAAGCGUAGCCAUAGAGCAGUACACGAGCAUCACAGGAAGACCGGUGGGCACCCUCGGCUUCGCGGUGCACACCGAGGCCAGCUUCGGAUGGCUCGGAGCCUCGCCUGAUGGGGUCCUCGGGUGCGAGCCACACGACGGGAUCCUGGAAGUGAAGUGCCCGUUCAACAAGGGCAAGCCUGAGCUCGCUCUGCCCUGGCGCGCCAUGCCGUACUACUACAUGCCGCAGGUGCAGGGGCUGAUGGAAAUCCUGGGCAGGGACUGGGUGGACCUCUACUGCUGGACACCCAACGGGAGCAGCCUGUUCCGGGUGCCGCGGGACUGCGCGUACUGGGAGCUCAUCCACGAGGCGCUGCGCGACUUCUGGUGGGGCAACGUGGUGCCCGCGCGGGAGCUGGCGCUCCUGGGGAAGGACGACGAGGCGAGGUCCUUCGAGCCUCAGCCCAAGCACCGGCUCACGAACCUCGUGCUGUAUAGGAGCCGGAAGCUGGCCUCCGAAGCGAAGCUACUUUGUAUGGAUGUUGGCGGCCAUGUAGAAUUCUUCCAAUGAGGAGUCCUGCCGCCGUUUAUUGUACACUGUAUUAUGACUAUUCUUUAAUUAACUUAUGAAUUCGUUACCUUCCCAGCGCCAUGUUCUUUUUUGUUCUGUUCUGUUCUGUUUAACAAAGAGUGUAAGUAUAAUCUUCCAGUUUGCGUGUUCA